AGUUCAGUUGGCGUCAAAGACAUUGGCACGCAACAUGGGCGACAAGGCGUCUGGAUCCGUCACACAACACCAACCACCGCCGCCACCACUCACGGACUCCUACGAGCAGUUCUGGCAGCAACAACAGCUGGCCACGAGUUGUGGCUAUAGCCAACACAUGCAGCAGGCAAAUCUGGGCGAUGGCGUGGCCACUGCCCGCCUUAUUUCCCGCUCCGACUGGGGCGCCCGCCUGCCCAAAUCAGUGGAGCACUUCCAGGGACCUGCUCCUUAUGUGAUUAUCCAUCACUCCUACAUGCCGCCCGUGUGCUAUACCACCGUGGAUUGCAUGAAGAGCAUGCGGGAUAUGCAGGAUUUCCAUCAACUGGAGCGUGGCUGGAACGAUAUUGGCUAUAGCUUUGGCAUCGGCGGCGAUGGCAUGAUCUACACGGGUCGCGGCUUUAACGUGAUUGGAGCACAUGCUCCCAAGUACAAUGACAGGAGCGUGGGCAUUGUGCUCAUUGGAGAUUGGAGAACGGAACUUCCCCCAAACAUGUUGGAUGCUGCCAAAAACCUGAUCGCCUUUGGCGUGUUUAAGGGCUACAUCGAUCCCGCUUAUAAGCUGCUGGGCCAUAAGCAGGUGCGUGACACCGAGUGUCCCGGCGGCAGGCUGUUUGCCGAGAUCUCCACCUGGCCACACUUCACCUACCUGAACACCACCGAGGGCACCAGCACGCCCACACCAGUUGAACCCCACGCACACGCUCAGCCGGCGCCGCCCCCAGCCGCACCGCAGGCGCCACCCCAAGUGCCAGCCCAAUCCCCGCCAGCUGCUGUGCACAAGGUCUAGCCCUGGGGCCGGGACAAACGCAGUUUAAGAGAAGCCACAACGAGCUCGGCUCCCCGCACAACGCCAAGGAGUUCAUUCAGUAUUCAUUAGAUGUCUCUUCGAACAUUUCACAAAUAAAGCAAUUUCUAGAUGAUAACACUUAA